AUCGACUUAUCAUUUGAACCCUUAUACUUUUAAUCUAAAUCCAUUUCUACAACGUAUGAGUAACCUUCUUUCCUGGUCCAUUUUCUGGCCUUUUGUUUUUGGACUGUUUAUAACUCGCAUAAACCCAUUCAAUUUUAGUUUUCUGCGCAGUUUAAGUCAAUAAAUUAGAAUAAGAAAUUAAUAGCUUUUCUCUCAUUUAUAUCUUUUUUUAUAUACCUAUUUCAAUAAUAAUAAAUUACUUAAAUUGUGUGUCUGAAAUUCAAAUGCGUAAUUAUAUAAUAAUGAAAUAAUACACUAUAAUGUAUGGCAAUAAAUUGCAUCCACUGUAACUUAUGUUUGAAUAUUAAUACAUUUCGUGCUAAAAAUAAAAGCUUUUGUAAAAGAAGUUUAGGAAGUACAGUGGAACUUAUAUAACUCGAAUCACCAUAAUUCACAAAAAAGCUUCAAGUUAGAGAGACUUCGAGUUAUAGAAUUUUCAUUAAACAUAAAAUUGUUACAAAUGUUUGAGUUAUUGAAGAAAAUGUGUAUGGAAUUUGAUUUCUAAAUGUUCCAUUAUAUUAACUUUAGUAAACAUAUUCAUAACAUACAUACAAAUAUUAUAUCCAAUCGUGUAAUGGAGCCAUGUUUUCCAUGUAUUUUUUUGAACAAUUAUUGCCUUCUCACCAAUUCAUGCUGUGCAUACAUACGUCGCUAAUUAUGAGCUAAUGCAUAUCCGUUAAACACAAAUGAAUUUAACUGCUGUAAAUUACUUUAUGCAUAGUAAAGAAUUUCUGACCGGGAAGACAGUCUUUCGAUAAAUACUACCAAUUUAUUCGUAUUAUUGACAAUAAGGCACACAUCAUAAACGGUGCUCUGUUUCGCUGCGGUAACAAUGCUUUUAAAUUUAAUUAAACGAACAUUGAAAAAAUCUUUCACUACAUUCAAAAUUCGCCUGUACGCAUUGAAACUCACUUCGGUUUUACUUAAUAUCCAUUCUCUUCAAUAUAAUGGCGAAAAUGUGAUUGUGAAAAAUAGUCGCAUCAAUCUAUAUCAACGUAUUGCAAAAAAGAUAGGCAUAUGCCUGGUACUUUUUGAGAGUUGCAUUCUAUUCUGGGGCGGCUUAUGUCUUAUCCUUGUUCGAAUAUAUUUUCCAAAGGAUUAUAUGAAAAUUGUUAAUUUGGAAUACAAGGAAUAUACAUGUAGACUAGUGCUUACUACGAGUUUUAUCAAAUACUUGAUUACGUUUUGUAUGAUGAUCUGCUGGUGGAAAAAACGAAAUCAAAAAACACUAAUGACACUGUUAAAUGAACUGUUAGUAUUCUGUUGGAAAUUAAACAUGCGUCUCGAUAUCGAUUUCAACAAGUUGCCGCCACAAUCUAGUCUACUAUUUCAACUACAUAUCUGUCUGAUUAUUUGGAAUUUACUAAACAACAUGCGUGUGAUUUCUAGUUUCGAUUUUCCAUCUCAAACAAUAAAGGAAGCCAUAAACGGUGUUUACUACACCUGCGUCUAUUUGUUAUACCAAACAGUGCUGCUAACACUGUGGCAACUGCAUUACAAAGCGAAUGUGAAAUUUACAGUGCGCAUGGAACUUGAAACAAUCAAAUACAAAACUGUAUUAAAGUUCAUUGCAUUUUUGAGAAAUUUAAAAAAUUUUCAACUACGGUUUGCCAAAGCUUUCGUAUGGUUGCCACGUUUGGUGGCUCUUAAGAUCUUCCUGAUGAUCUGCUGGUGGAAAAAACGAAAUCAAAAAACACUAAGAACACUGUUAAAUGAACUGUUAGUAUUCUGUUGGAAAUUAAACAUGCGUCUCGAUAUCGAUUUCAACAAGUUGCCGCCACAAUCUAGUCUACUAUUUCAACUACAUAUCUGUCUGAUUAUUUGGAAUUUACUAAACAACAUGCGUGUGAUUUCUAGUUUCGAUUUUCCAUCUCAAACAAUAAAGGAAGCCAUAAACGGUGUUUACUACACCUGCGUCUAUUUGUUAUACCAAACAGUGCUGCUAACUCUGUGGCAACUGCAUUACAAAGCGAAUGUGAAAUUUGAAAUGCGCAUGGUACGUGAAACAUUCAAAUACAAAACUGUAUUAAAGUUCAUUGCAUUUUUGAGAAAUUUAAAAAAUUUCCAACAUCGGUUUGCCAAAGCUUUCGUAUGGUUGGCUCGUUUGGUGGCUCUUAAGACCUUCCUAAUUGUUGGUCAAAGUUCAUAUCUGUGGCGUUAUCAAAAUCAACAUCAAACUUUGACUGAUGUGAAAUUAAUUUGGUUAUAUACUAACCUAGCUGAAAGUUUACUAGACAUGUUCUUAUUAGUUUUCAUGCUAAGUGAAUUGUGUCGUUUAGACCGUUACACGCAACGUUUACUAUUUGAAGCUGAUAAAAUACUACACAGCAAGGCGCGAGCUCACAGUGGCUCAUUAAAAGAGCUCGAAGCUUAUUUAUCGACUCCUCACUUCAAUUCGUACACACUGCAACUACAUCCCUUUGUACAGCAGAUAAGCCACUUUCAAAUCUGGGCAAUUUUAAUACCAGUGGCUUGUGGAUUCAUUAUGAAUUGCUUAAAUUCAUUCGAUAUGAUGUUUAUACGCGAUUUAAGCCAAUUUAAAAGUAAUUUUAAUAUUAGUCAUUUUAACUUGACUUAUUAA